AUGAAAAAAGUGAAAUAAUUGCCACAAUAGUAAUAAUCAAUGAGACGAUCAUCGUCUCUUGUAACUGUUCAACCUCAAAUAGAAAUAAUCCACUUUGAGAAAAAUGCCUCACUAACGCAAAGCACCUUCUUCAAAACAUUUACCGAAAUGCCCCAAAUGGCUGCAUUCACACAUCAAGUCUCAAGAAUACCAUCUCCAAAGGAGCGUUUGCAAGUCCAGUUAUAACACAAUAAAAAAUAGAGAGAAACCAUCAUCAACCAAAGCAGAGAAAGAUAAGAAAAUGCUAUGACUGAAGCCUUAUUCCUGACUCAAAAGACCAAAUUUAGGAACUAUUAAAAACUCAAGCGCAGGGAUCAAUCACCAAAAAAGGCCAUGGAGUUAAAGCCAUAACAAAUGGUGUUCUAGCUUCCAAAAUUGGAGGCACCCAUAGAAUAAAUCAUGGACACUCCCACCCAGCUUACUUUCUACUUCGAAUCUCAACGUCUCACCAGAGAUAUAAGGACAUUCAAGCCCUCCUUCACAGAACAGGCUGCUUUCACUCUUUUCAAUGAUCAAUUAUAUUUAUAUGGAGGAAUCGGAGGAGAUGGAGUCAGAAAUCAAAUGCUCAAAUACGAUAUCAAGUUUCAGAUCUGGCAAGUGGUCUAAGGGAAUGGAGAUCAUCCUAAACAAGGAAGAGCAGGCUUGUCAGUGGUUCAAUACAAGAAUAAAUUUAUCUACUUUGGUGGAUGUGGUCAAUUCAAUCCUAAACUAAAACUUAGAGAAUGCACCAAUUCUAUUUAUGAAUACACCGUAAGCACCAUGACUUGGGAAAAGGUUCAUCCUCAAGGAGACUAUAUUGAACCUAGGAGGCAACAUAGGGCUUGUCUCCUAGGUCCAAAAUGGAUGCUUGUGUAUGGAGGAAUUAACUCUAAUGAAGAGGUACUAUCUGACACUGCUGUUUUCAAUAUGGAAAAGUAGGUGUGGAGAUUAUUUAAGGUCAAAUCUCCUCCUAUAAGUUGUCAUGCCAUUGUCAACAUCUCAUCUCAAGGCAAAUUCCAAGAAACUAUACCUACCGACAUAAUGCCAUUAGAUAACAUAUAUUCAUUUGGAGGCAAAGAUGCAGAUGGGAAUUCAGUCAACGUUAUGCGCAAACUAUCUUAUUGUUCCUCCAAUAAUACACCUCUUUCGUGGGAUUAGGUGGAAACUCUUGGUAAAGCACCUUAUCCGAUGCACAAUCACACUGUUGAAUAUCUCAGGAAAGUGUAAGGCAUAGCAGUCAUAGGUGGUUUAAGGGAUUUCAUUGUGAAUGGCACUUUGGAAUCAGAUGAAUAUUACAUCUUCUACCCCAAUUUGAACCUUUGGUAAUAGGUCAUAGCUGAAGGACUCAAGAUCCCAAGGUGUGCUCAUUCAACUGUUUUACUUAGUUCAAAAAUAGCAGUCUUUGGAGGAAUUGGUAGUGAAAGAUAUCUAGAACCUGAUGUAGGAUUCAUUGAAACUGAUUAACAAUAGGUUCUAUCUCGUGUAACCAAAGACAGAAUUAUGCACAUUCACACUCCUACUAUUGAAGAACCAUCAAAAAUGGAAUUUUAAUUAAGAAAAAAAAGAUCUAUGUUUUACGACGAAUCUGAUGUCUCAGAUGGAUACAAACCAUUUAAAAUCACUCUCAGAAAACCUACUCAAGCGAGAAGAUCAUACCUUCCAAACCCAUAAAGAAAAAAAGUACUAAUGCGAUAUGAUAUCAUGAUUGGAUUUGUAAAAACAGUCAUUCAAGAAAAUCUGCAGAUACUCUAAAAUUUUGACAAAUAUUAAGAAAGAAAAUUAAUCUGA